UCAACUGCGUAUAAAGCCGAAAGCUGUGCUGUGUUUACAUCGAAGCGAAGAAGUGAUAUGAUAGUAAAUGAGUUUAUUUUUUAUGCGUCUGGUUGAUGGUGUCGUAAAAGUAGUGCAGGCGUAGGCGUGUGAAGCGCAGGUGAUUAGCCGUCUGGUGUUGGUGCUUUGCUCAAUGAACUAAUCGGAAGUUUAUCAGUAAUUAUCGUUGAUUUGUUUACAUUAUGCUGCGAGUUGUACACAACCUUGUGUACAAUUUAAUCUUCGUUCUGUUUUCUCCUCGAUCCAGUGUGAAUUGCGAUGUCGGCCCCUCUCACAAACACAUAAAAUUGAUUGGUUGAUAAAAGACGACGAAUCGUAUAAUUGUUGGCAAGGAAAUUGUCGCUGAACCUUCCUUUUUUGAGUACGUGAGUGUGGAUUGCUUUGCUUGUGUAUGGAGCAGCAAAUUCAUUCAGCAAGCCGAUCGCAACAACAGCAGCAGCAGUAACAACAAUCGCAGUGCCCAGCGAAAAGGGGAAUCAUAACUGUAAGCCAAGGGACGACUGCCGGACUACUGUGUGACUGAAUAAAAAGGGGAAAAAUGGCAACGCAAGAAAAAAUGUCAAAAAGUGUUUUCCUUUUCCGCUGAGCGAUGGUGAAAAUCGGUGCAUGAUCGCAGAGAAGCUGCUGACGACGUCUCGGUCGAACCUGGAGGAAAAUCGUAGCCCGGACCCGGAGGUUGGCACCCUUCGGAAGAUUGUGCAGUGAUCAGUGUGAAAUCGAAGAAGAAGAGUGAAUGAGUGGGUGGCGGCUGGUGGAAAUGACAAGAAGUUAUUCCGGUGGGGCGUGCAAAGAAACUUUUUUCCAAUAACCAGAGACGAGAGUGAAUAUUCAUAGAAGUUAUCGUCACCAGAAGGCUGCCAUAGUAUUUUUUUCUUUUCCAUUGGAUGCAACGUACAGUAAGCUGGAAGGGGAGAAAAGUAAAGGUGUAAAACGGAGACUGUUCAGACGUCGAAAGUGUGGGGAAUAAAAAAUCUAAUUCGAGAGGAUUGGUAUUAAGAAUAUUUUUUGCAAGAAAAAAAGUACAGCUGAUAUUUUUUGAGAUAAAACAGCGAGUGAUAGUGCCAGUGCGAGGAGAGGUCGGGGGGCUCGGAAGCAAUAAACUUGCUACGUAUUAGAUAAUUCCGGGGAAGUUUUAAACUGGAAUCGGUGGCUUGCUAGUCGACAUGGGCCGUCAUCGUCGGCAGCUGCCGAAGCAGCACCAACCCAAUGUGCUGGGGCAUCUGGUGAGCCGCCAGCUCGGGGACAACGUACAAAACUUCAGCAACAAUCUGUUCCACGAGAGACUCCGGAUCGCCAAGAACCUCUACAAGAAGGAUCUGGUCUCGCACUAUGGGUGCGUCAAUGCAAUCGAGUUCAGCCAGGAGGGCGAGCUGCUGGUGUCGGGUGGAGACGAUCGGCGCGUUCUGCUCUGGCACGUGGACAAAUCCAUCCUGAAAAAGGAAUUGCCAGUAUCGAUGCAGAAGCAGCAUCUGAGCAACAUCUUCUGUCUGGGGAUGGAUUCGCGCAAUACGCGCAUUUUCUCCGGUGGCAACGAUGACGUCGUUAUCGUACACGACAUUCAAACUCGCGAAUCAGUGGACGUAUUUCUGCACAGCAAGCCCGUGUACGGUCUGUCGAUUGAUCCCUCCAACGAUGACCUGUUCGCGACGGCCGGUGAGGACGGCAAGAUACUGAUCUUCGACAUGCGAGACAGUUCGGAUGUGAUGUGCGUAUCGCGAUGCCGUUCGCCCUACCAUGCCGUGAUGCAUCAUCCGUACGAUGCGGGCUUUAUUGUGACUGCGAAUGCGAAAGAGGGCGCAGCCCUGUGGGAUCUGCGGGCACCGAAGAUGCCCACCAUCCGGUACGGUGGUCAGAAUGCUGCCCAAAGCUGUAUGAGCGUGCGGUUCAACAGUCUGGGGACGCAGGUACUGGCGUUGAGAAGACGUCUACCGCCAAUUUUGUUCUCGACGGCAUCACCGGAACCGGUGUGCCAAUUCUAUCACCCCGAUUACUACAACUCGUGUACGAUGAAAAGUUGCUGUUUCGCCGGAGAGCGCGAUCAGUUCGUGCUGUCCGGUUCGGAUGAUUUCAAUCUGUACGUUUGGCGUGUGACGGAUGCCGAUGUGGAUGACACCGAUCAGUGGGUGGAUCGGAAUCAGAUGGUUCUCUACGGGCAUCGAUCGAUCGUGAAUCAGGUGCGGUACAAUCCGCAGAAGUGUCUAAUUGCGUCGUCCGGGGUGGAGAAGAUUGUGAAACUGUGGACUCCGUUUGAGCUGGAAUCAUGGAGCGGUAGCUUGGUUGAGGAGGCUACCGGACCGGAGAACCCUCGGGAGGUUUUUACUAACGAGGAGUAUAUUUCACUGAAUAUGACCCACGAUUAUAGCCAUCAGUCCACGCUGGAGGACCCACGGAUGAUGGCUUUUUUCGAUUAUUUGGUACAGCAGGAGAUUGAGGGGUGGAACAGUGAGACGUCGGAUCAAAGUUCGGAGCACAGCUCCGAUGAGAAUGAAUCGUCCCGUCCGGAUACAACGCAAACUUCGGACACGGAAUCGGUACAGAAUUAUAUCCCAAUGCGGGGCCAGCAGCAGGCACGCCGCGGGGAUGUGACCCAGCGUACCAAGUAUCGCAAUCGUAUUGCUUAUCUAAUUGCGACGAAACGGAACCGGUUGAAGCGAUUGGCACUGAAAACGGCCGCCAAUGCGAGGGCUACCAAUAGACGCACUAUCACGAAAGCUAAGUAUGGAUUGCGUAAUCAACCGAAGCGGUCCGGGCUGGGAGCCCUGCGGUCUAGUCGGAAGGGUAUUGGAAAACGGAAUCGUCGACUCAGUACGAGUAAAUAUAAUAAGCGGUGUCCGGUUUCGCACGAGCAGACGAGCGAUUCGGAAGUGUCCAAGUCGACGAAAAAACGUCGCAUGCAGACCACCAAUCUCAAUUUGGCCGUCUAUCGGACGUACCGGCGAAAAUCGAAGGGGACGCCAUCGUCUUCCAAUACCAGCACAAGGGUAGAGGAGUCCAGUUCGGAUGACGAUGACGGGGAUAAUGAUAGCGAGCAGCCGCAACCGUCGGCUGCGAAGAAGCUUAAGCUAAGCGAGGAUAGUUUGGCUAAUAUGCCGUCGACUUCACGGGGUUUCCCGAGCAGUUUUGGACUGGGCGGAGGAAGCAGUAGUAGCAGUUGCUAUAAUAACGGGGCUGGCCCGAGUGGGUUGUGUAAUGCGGUACGAACGAGAGGAGGAGGAGCCGGGGGGAAUGCCGGUAUGGGGGGCAGCGGUGGGAGUAGUACCUACGUCAGCAUGGAUACUCCUAGUACUAGCACCGGGCUGACCGGAAAUGGGAGAAAUUUGCUGUUCCACAUAGCAUCGACGACUAACGAUGAUGAUGAUGACUCGGACGAUGAUCCGUCCAUUCCGGAACAUCCGGCAUCGCCGGAUAACCUCCUACGGGUCAUAACAUCCCCAAUCAAUCACUUUGAACUUCCGCCAAACUCGAGUGAGCUCCUUGCUGUAGAUUAUAACGAUAACAAUAUUCUAGACCACAGCAACAACAACAGCAGUUACGUGAAUCACAACAACAAUAACAAUAACAACAGUAACAACAACACUAGCAGUAGAAUCGGUCAUCUCAACAGCAAUGCAAUUGCCAACGGUAGCCAGAAGCGAACGAGCAGCGGCACAACGGCAGCUGCCGCGGCCGCGGACAAUAAUAAUGAGUCAUCCUCGUCGUACAAUCAGGUGUACGACCACACCUACUCGAGUCGGUCCAAUUCACGGCUCUCCAGCAGCUACGAUUACGAUUGUUCCUCCAGUAACGACAGCUUUGUCGACUAUUUCACUAAUAAGAAAAAGCUGCUGGCGUCCGUAGCGGCCAGUGACCAGCUGCAACCGGAGGGCUCUACCGCGUCGAUGACUGGAUCGAUACGCAAGCCGGACUAUAACCGGGAAAUGUUGAACUACACCCCGGACAGUGGAAUCGCUACUGGGCCGUGCAGUUCCGUAUCCACCAAUGGUGUUCCAUCGAGCAUCAAAUCACUAACUCCGCUGGGAAGUAGUGCCACCAACGGGGGCAGCAGUAACGGCAAUUAUCUGGAACCGACACCCGGUACCAGUGGGUUGACCAGCACCGGCGUCGGCUCGGUAACGACGAACGGCAAUAAUGGAAUUGAUCUCGGGUCGAAGCUGUUCCAGCAGAAGGUGGCUCGGGUACGGAAAAACUAUCGCAAGCACUUCUGUGAUGAUUCGGAUAGCGAAUGAAAGUGCCAAGGAACCACCGAAUUCGCUGCCGCGAUUGAUUAGACCGUAUUUUGUUGUGUUGUAGAGUUCAACUUCCAUGCAAGUUUCCCUGAUUUGAGAAAGCAUUAUUCCUAAAAACCCUAGUGGCUCCGCCUUGCGGUGGAUAGAGUAACAACUCUACUCUUGGUAUAAUUUGAAUUCAAGCUUCGAUUGUGGAACGCCUGUCUGCGAUAUAAAUGUUUGAUGUUGAAAAAAAGAACAGAAAAUAAGAUUGGAUCUAAUUCGAGAAUAAAAUUCUUAAAGUAUGUCAAUGAAGCAUUUUUAUCUGAUUUAUGACGAAUGAGAUUGCAAAAGAGAGAAAGGGAAAAACCCGUCAGGUCAGAGUAGAAUAUCAGCGGAAUGGCGUUGUUGUGUCAGUUGUAGGCUUAUGAUCAUAAUUAUUAUUAUCAUUACUAUAUUACAUAAUGUAGUCGUCGUAGCGUUUAAGAGCUACCGAGAAAGCAAUCCACGCAACCACACAGGAAACCUUAAGCACAUACACUAUAUAGUCUGACUGAUCCGGCCGUCUAACUUGAGACAGGCAAAACAGAGAGAAAAAUGAAAUACAAAAGUAAAAAUCACAUCAAACAUUUGCAACACACGCAGCAUACACACUGAAACCUACUAAUACUAAUCAAUACUAACUAGUACCCUAGGACGGAAGAAAACAAGAACGUGAUUUGCUAAUCAUAUUAAAAAAAAAAAAGAAACACUACACUAGUAACUGUAUAUUGAAAGUAACUAACAGAUACGCUAGAUUGUAAUUCAUCAAACACAGUUGUAAUCAAAUUUUAUACAUGUUCGAUCUAGUGCGUGUGCACGGGUAUAUGUUUGUGUUUACGCUCAGGCAGUUUAUGAAACCCACGCAGAGACAUUGAAGUAACGAAAAGCAAACAAACACUCACAUACACAUGCCCCCAAUAUGGAAAAAUAACAAACCAACAAACAAAGAAACAAGCUGAAGAUAUGAAUGAAUAAACAUACUUUACGAUUUAUCACCUCUUUA